AAUCAUUUUUCGAUGCCAUUGUUGAAUUUCGGCUCGUUGUGAGAUAUUUUACACUGCUGAGUCGGAAGAAUCUGGUAUCUAGAUUGGUAGACCGGUUUGUUUCAUAAGAUCCGUUCGUUCGUUCGUUCGAUUGAGCGAAGUAGCGUGAAGAGUAUUGGGGCUGUUAAUCGAACAUGGGCGUGGCAAAGAACAAUACCGACAUGGAGGAGGGAGCAUUGGAGAUUGGCAUGGAGUACAGGACUGUUUCUGGUGUUGCAGGUCCUCUGGUGAUUUUAGAGAAAGUUAAGGGUCCUAAGUAUCAAGAAAUUGUUAAUAUACGAUUAGGAGAUGGCACAACUCGACGUGGUCAGGUUCUGGAAGUUGAUGGAGAAAAAGCUGUUGUGCAGGUUUUCGAGGGAACUUCAGGCAUCGAUAACAAAUAUACUACUGUGCAAUUUACAGGAGAGGUUUUGAAAACUCCUGUCUCAAUGGAUAUGCUUGGACGGAUUUUUAAUGGUUCUGGAAAACCUAUAGACAAUGGCCCACCUAUAUUGCCCGAGGCAUACUUGGAUAUCUCUGGAAGUUCUAUCAAUCCCAGUGAGAGAACAUAUCCUGAGGAGAUGAUUCAGACUGGGAUAUCUACCAUUGAUGUCAUGAACUCCAUUGCUCGAGGGCAGAAGAUCCCUCUUUUCUCUGCUGCCGGGCUUCCACAUAAUGAAAUUGCAGCUCAGAUUUGUCGUCAAGCUGGUCUCGUGAAGCGGUUGGAAAAAUCUGAUAAUCUCUUGGAGGAUGGCGAAGAAGACAAUUUUGCUAUUGUAUUUGCAGCUAUGGGAGUAAACAUGGAAACAGCACAGUUUUUCAAACGUGAUUUUGAAGAAAAUGGUUCAAUGGAGAGGGUGACCCUUUUUCUAAAUCUGGCUAAUGACCCCACAAUUGAGCGUAUCAUCACCCCUCGAAUUGCACUUACUACGGCAGAAUAUCUAGCCUAUGAAUGUGGGAAACAUGUCCUUGUUAUCCUAACAGACAUGAGCUCAUAUGCUGAUGCACUUCGUGAGGUAUCUGCUGCUCGAGAGGAGGUGCCAGGUAGACGUGGUUAUCCUGGGUACAUGUACACUGAUCUGGCAACAAUAUAUGAACGUGCUGGACGUAUAGAAGGGAGAAAAGGGUCAAUCACUCAAAUACCAAUCUUAACCAUGCCGAAUGAUGAUAUCACACAUCCAACUCCAGAUCUUACUGGUUACAUCACUGAGGGCCAAAUUUAUAUUGACAGGCAACUCCACAAUCGACAGAUAUACCCACCUAUCAAUGUCCUUCCAUCUCUCUCACGUUUGAUGAAGAGUGCUAUUGGUGAAGGCAUGACCCGUCGUGAUCAUGCUGAUGUGUCUAACCAGCUUUAUGCCAAUUAUGCAAUUGGAAAGGAUGUUCAGGCAAUGAAAGCAGUUGUUGGAGAGGAGGCACUCUCUUCUGAGGAUCUGUUGUACCUUGAGUUCUUGGACAAGUUUGAAAGGAAGUUUGUUACUCAAGGAGCAUAUGAUACUCGCAAUAUCUUCCAAUCACUUGAUCUUGCAUGGACACUUCUACGCAUCUUUCCUCGUGAGCUUCUCCAUCGCAUUCCUGCAAAGACCUUGGAUCAGUAUUACAGCCGAGACUUUGCUCACUAACAUGCCUAUGUAUUGCAUGCUUGCAAAUGUUAUUGAAAUCUAGCAUGAAUAAGUUGAUGGGCAAAUGAGCCCUAAACUCGGUCUUUUUGCUACUUAGGUGAGGUCUAUUCUUUUGCAGCGGAAAGUUCAAAGUGUUAGUGAUGUUUAUGUCGCUCGAGUAAUUUCUGUAAUUUAUGCUGAAGACAUCAAAAAUAUCAUACGAUUUAUUGUCUUUAUGCUUGCAUGUAUGACCAACUUGUGGAUUGAUUUUUGUAGAUAAAGUAGUCAUUCAAUA